AACAUCUCGCAAACAUACAGCGAUGGCGAAAGUUUCGCAACUUCCUUCUCAAUUGGCAACAGUUUUAGUCUUGCUGCAGCUAUGGCUGAUGCUGGCAAGUGCUUCACCGACAUGGGUCGUACGACGUGACGUGAAAAGCGCAACUGAAACUGAUCCACAAGAGGUACAAGAUGUCCAAAACACUCAACCGCGAAUUUAUUUUAUGGACAUUGUGUCCGACAUUCGGCUUCGUUACGCUUCGACAAAAGUCACGUCAAAAGUUUCCAAUCCGUCCAGAAAAGCUCAGGAAGCCACUUUCCACGUUGUUCUGCCAGAAACGGCAUUCAUUUCCGGCUUCUUGAUGGAAAUUGACGGGAAAGAGUACAGAGCCAGUGUCAAAGAAAAGGAGAAAGCUCAAGAAGAAUAUCAGAGCGCCGUCGAUGCGGGACAGUCUGCCGCUCAAGUCACCGCAAAUGCUCGUAAUGCCAAUCAAUUCACCGUGUCAGUUAACAUUGAACCUGAGCAGAAAAUAUUUUUCAAUUUGACGUACGAGGAGUUGCUGUCUCGACGCAAAGGAAUUUACGAACAUGCAAUUCACGUCACUCCCGGCUCAGUUGUACCAAAAAUGAGCGUUCGUGUCAACAUAUUCGAGACACUUCCCAUCAACAAAAUCGCCGUCCCUCAAUUGCGCGGAAAUGACGUUGAACAAGAUCACAAUUCGACUGAGAACGAGAUAGCCAAAAUCAUCCGCACAAACGAAACCACCGUCGUGAGUGUCGUUUACGAGCCGACAGAGGCCGAGCAAAUUAAAAUCUCCAAGGAUGGACUCCAGGGGCAGUUUGUCGUGCAAUAUGACGUCGAUCGAUCAUCCAUUGAAAAAAAAGGAGGAGAAAUCCACGUGGUGGACGGAUAUUUUGUCCAUUUCUUUGUCCCGGCUGAUUUGCCGACGCUUCGCAAACACGUCAUCUUUGUGCUGGACACGAGUGGCUCCAUGGUCGGAACAAGAAUUGAGCAAACCAAACAAGCCAUGAAUUCCAUUUUAGAUCAACUUAGAAAGGACGAGGAUAUUUUCAGUGUUGUCGAAUUUUCAUCGGCUGUCACGGAAUGGGAUUUGAGGAAACCUUACAAGGGACCUGAUCCAUAUUAUUAUAUGAACUCUCCGCCAGAAGACGCAACAGCUGUGCCACAAAAUAAUGAAUCUGAAGUGAAAUUCGGUCCUUAUGACGACAUUUUGGCGUAUCCCGUAACGGAACAAUCCGUCAAACGAGCCAAAGAAUUUGUGGCCGCAAUGGAAGUCACUUCUUCGACCAACAUCAACGAUGCCCUUUUGUUGGCCCUUAAAAACAGCCAGUCGGUUCAAUCACGAGUCCGUCUCACGCCCAUCAUCAUCUUCCUGACUGACGGUGAACCGACGGCGAGCGUCACUGACACAACGGAAAUUCUGAAAAAUGUCCGCAAAGGCAACAGCGACGAUGUCGUCAGCAUUUUCUGUUUGGCCUUUGGUACGGGCACCGAUUACCAAUUUCUGACGAAAAUUUCUAGUCAAAAUCGCGGAUUCUCACGGAAAAUCUACGAAGCUGCCGACGCCACCCUCCAGCUGAAAGGAUUUUUCGACGAAGUGGCCUCACCGCUGCUCAGCAAUGUCAACUUUGUUUACAACAACAACGGGCCGGUUAAACAUGACGUCACCGAGACCACCGUGCCAAACUUCUUUAGAGGCACCGAAUUCGUGGUGGCUGGACGGAUUGAUCCCAAAUUCAACCUGAGUGCAUCCAUCAGUGGAACCGGAGUCAGUGGUUCCUUUUUGUUUCCCAAUAUAAGUCCCAUCAUUAGGAUUUGUGCCCCACGGGUUACAACAUUUGGCUGUCCCGACAUCUUAGUACCAGCUGCCCCUAAUGUCACUGUUGUUACGAAGCCGAAAAAGAGUUUUUCAUUGGAAAAGAUUUGGGCGUACAUGACGAUCCAAGACAUGUUGAGGAAACGCCAAAUUAUCGACGAUGCCAAGAGAAUCGUCGAAAUUAACCAAAAGGCCCUGAAUCUCUCCCUUGCGUAUGAUUUUGUUACACCUCUGACGUCACUGGUGGUUGUGAAACCCAAUAGCACAGCGACUGCGGCUGAUCUCCGUCCUGCGGACGCUCAAACAUUUGAUGAUCUUCGUGGACCAUCACCAGUUUACGCUUUAUCAGCAGCGCCGGCGCCCCCGUUUAUAGUUGGAGGGAUCCCCCCCCCAAAUUUCGCCCAAAUUUCAGUUGUGGAAACUAUUUUCGAGAGUUUUGAAUUGGCGACUGAGAAUUCUCCAGAAAGCGAAUAUGGGACAGUGGAAAGUGAGACGCUGGCACCUGAACCGUUUGUUCCUGAAAAUUGGAUCAAACAGUUUGACCAUAAUGCGACCCACGUUAAUAUCGCAUCCGGCAAUGAAACUUUCAAUCUCCUAUGGACUUACGAAUUGCCGGAUAUCGAGUACGAGUCUUGUUCAACGCAUCGACCCCAUGACGCAAUUUGCAAGUCAAUUUGGAAGUGUUCCAAAAUUGUUGAUGGAGCCAAUCGUCUGUUGAGGGGAUCCAUCAUGAACGGCAGUACUACUUGCAUUAUUGAAAACAAGUACCUCGGUGUUUGCUGUGACUCAACCAAGAUACCCUCUAUCGAAAAUACAACUGCCUCAGAGCAAGUGACCGAAAACGUUUCCCAAAGUGAUGGUGGUGCGUUAUACCUGUAAAAUCGUGAUUAUUUUUUCUAUUUGGUCGUUUUGAUGCCAUUAUGCUUAAGUGCUUGAUUAUUGUUGUUCAAUUUUUGGCUUGCUAUAUGCAGUAUGUAAUUCACUCGUUGAAAUAUGGCGCUCGUUUAUAUAAAAGAGCUCUUCACCAUGUCGUUAAAUGUUAACGUCAAUAAUAAGCUCAUCGCAGGUGUGAAUAGGAAUAAAACCUGGAUGUGCGUAAUUAAUUUGGUUUACUUCAGCUUCCUGUAUUUAAUUUAUUUCGCAGCAAAUACAACGCAGUUCAAUUACA